AAGCCAAACCGUCAUCAACAUCAACAACAACAACAUCAUCAUCAUUCCUUAAGUUAUCAUUGAAUUGAACUCAAUUAUCGUCAUUAACCAAGUCGAUCAACUACCCACCAGAGUAUAUCCUGAGCCACUUUCCUUAAUCAUCGUUGUAUUUACUAUAUAGUUAGAUACAGUUUCCAUCAAGACAACUCCAUUCGAAAGCAACAUACAUAACUACAUUCAACAAUGUCAAUUGUAUCAUUACUAGGUAUAGAGGUAUUAAACAAUCCAGCCAAGUUCAACGAUCCCUAUGAAUUUGAAAUCACUUUUGAAUGUUUAGAACCAUUAAAGGAAGAUUUAGAAUGGAAAUUAACUUAUGUAGGAUCAUCACGAUCAUUAGAUCAUGAUCAAGAAUUAGAUUCGAUCUUAGUGGGUCCUGUCCCUGUGGGGAUUAAUAAAUUCUUAUUCCAAGCUGAUCCUCCAAGUGCGGAAUUGAUCCCUGCUAAUGAAUUAGUCAGUGUUACUGUUAUAUUAUUAAGUUGUUCUUAUAAUGAUCGAGAAUUCGUUAGAGUGGGAUAUUAUGUUAAUAAUGAAUAUGAUUCUGAAGAAUUACGAGAGAAUCCUCCUGCUAAAGUUCAAGUUGAGCAUGUGAUUAGAAAUAUCUUGGCGGAGAAACCUAGAGUUACCAGAUUUAAUAUUGUGUGGGAUAAUGAAGAUGGUAAUGCUGAUGAAUAUCCUCCUGAACAACAAGAAGAGGAAGAACAAGAAGGAAACGAAAAGAAAGAGGAAGAAGACGAGGAAGAAGAGGAGGAAGAAGAAGAAGAAGAAGCAUCAUCAUCAUCAUCAACUACGAUAAAUAAAAAGAAAAGAAAACUUGAGGACGACGAAGAUGAAGAAGAAAUAGAUAUCGAAGAAGAAGAAGAUAUAGAAGAAGAUCUUGGCGAAGAAGAAGGAGAAGAAGAUCUUAAAGAUCUUGAAGAAGAUGAACAACAAGAUGAUGAUCAAGAAGAUGGAACUGAAAAACUCAAUGGUAGUGAAACCCCCAUUGAUAAAGUUCAAAGCACGUAACCUAAUAAUCUCUCUUCCCUUUAUAGAAUUUACCCACCCGACCCCUGUACAUUAUAUUAU